GACUGGGACUGGGGGAUGCUCCGGGAUCGGGAAUCCGCCACCGGAAUCGGCGUGGACCGGGCCAAGCGGGGUGCUCUGGUAUGGAGGGGGACUGGGACCGACAGGUGGGGCGGUAUCGCGGGAGCCCGGGACGGGCGGGAGGUCCCGGAGGACCCCAGACCGGGCGUACCCGGCGGCGCUGACGGUGCCCCGCAGGCGGCCCCCGGUGCCGGUACCGGUGCGCAGCCCCGCGCUGCAUGGACUGGUACAUGAUGAACUGCGAGCUCCUGGCCACCUGCAGCGCCCUGGGCUACCUGGAGGGUGACGUCUACCACCGGGAGCCCGACUGCCUGGAGAGCGUCAAGGACCUGAUCCGGUACCUGCGCCACGAGGACGAGACCCGGGACGUGCGGCAGCAGCUGGGGGCAGCCCAGAUCCUGCAGAACGACCUCCUGCCCAUCCUGGUGCAGUACUCGCAGGACAAGGUGCUCUUCGAUGCCAUCGUCAGGCUGAUGGUGAACCUGACGCAGCCGGCCCUGCUCUGCUUCGGGAAGGUGCCCGCGGAUGCAGCCUCCCGGCACCACUUUCUCCAGGUGUUGUCCUACCUGCAGGCCUACAAGGAGGCUUUUGCCAGCGAGAAGGUUUUCGUGGUGCUCAGCGAGAAGCUCUACGACCUCCUGCAGCUGGACUGGGAGCAGCGACAGGAGGAGGACACGCUGCUGAUCGAGAGGAUCCUGCUGCUGGUGCGCAAUGUGCUGCACGUCCCCCCGGACCCCACGGAGGAGCAGGGUGUGGACGGGGACGCCAGCGUGCACGACCGGGUGCUGUGGGCGCUGCACAUCAGCGGCAUGGACGACCUGCUCAAGUUCCUGGCCAGCGCCCAGGUGGAGCAGCAAUGGGCCCUGCACGUCCUGGAGAUCAUCUCCCUCAUGUUCCGAGACCAGAACCCGGAGGAGCUGGCGGCGCUGGGACAGGGGCCGGCGGGCGCCGAGCACGGGGAGGACACGCGGGAGCUGGAGACCCUGCGGCAGCAGGAGCUGGCAGAGAAGAGGGCCCGGGCACUGCAGCGCCCGUCCAGGCACUCCCGCUUCGGUGGCUCCUACGUCCUGCAGGGCCUGAAGUCGAUCGGGGACCGGGACGUCGUGUUCCACAAAGGGCUGCACAACCUGAAGAGCUACAGCCACGACCUGGGCAAGGAGCCCCAGCGGGUGCCCCGGCGGCGCCAGGCGGCCCCCGAAUCCGAGCCCUCCCGCCGCUCCGCCCGCAACGUCCGGCUCUUCCUGCGCCACUUCUGCCAGGACUUCCUGGAGGGCUGCUACAACCGCCUGAUGCUGCUGGUCAAGGACCAGCUGGUGAGGGAGAAGGCUCAGCAGCACGACGAGACCUAUUACCUGUGGGCCACCGCCUUCUUCAUGGCCUUCAACCGGCGCCAUGGUUUCCGCCCAGAGCUGGUGUCGGAGACAGUGAGUGUCCGUGCCUUCCACUUCAUUGAGCAGAACCUCACCAAAUACUACGAGAUGGCCCUGAUGGACAAGAAGGAGGCAACAACCUGGGCCCACAGGAUGCACCUGGCCCUGAAGGCGUACCAGGAGCUGCUGCGGACGGUGCAGGAGAUGGACCGGUCCCCCGAGCAGGCGGUGCGGGACAGCAGCCAGGUCAUCAAGAGCAACAUCUUCUACCUGAUGGAAUACCGGGAGCUCUUCCUGACGCUCUUCCGCAAGUUCGACGAGACCAAGCAGCCGCGCAGCUUCCUGCGGGACCUGGUGGAGACGGCCCACCUCUUCCUCCGCAUGCUGGAGCGCUUCUGCCGCGGCCGUGCCAGCCUCGUGGUGCAGAGCAAACGUGUCCGCAGGAAGAAGAAGCCACGGGCGCCCGCAGCCCUCGCCCCGCCGCCGCCCAGCACCGCGGAGCUGGAGGAGCUGUGGGCGGGAUUGGCCCCCCAGCUCCAGGCCUGCCUGGAGGGCGAGGUGCCCCUCCCCGAGGACGUGGUGCCCUUCGACGCCGCCUCGGAGACGCCGGUGGAGGAGCAGCGUGCGGAGGCUCUGCUGCGGAUCCAGGGGUGCCUGCGGCGUUCCCAGGUGCCCCAGGCCCUGAGGCUGCUCCGCUCCGCCAGGGACGUCUGGCCCGAAGGGGACGUGUUCGGAGCUGCUGACGCGGGGCCGCCUGAGGAGACCCGGCUGCUGCGGGAGAUCCUCGUCGCUCCCCUGCCCCGGAACGCACCCCCUGAGCCCGAGGAGCCGGAGGACGAGGAAGAGGAGGAUGAAGAAGAGGAGGAGGAGACAGUGCAAGUGUCAGAGAAGGAAUUUAACUUCCUUGACUACCUGAAGCGGUUCGCCUGUGCCCCCGUGGUGCGGGCGCUGGUGCUGCUGCUCCGGGGGUACGCGAGGAACAGCCCCCGCACCAACCACUGCGCCGCGCGGCUGCUGCACCGCCUGGCCCGCGACCUGCGCAUGGAGCCGCUGCUCUUCCAGCUCUCCCUCUUCGCCCUCUUCCACCGCCUGCUCAGCGACCCCGCGGCCGGUGCCCACCAGGAGCUGGUGGCCUUGGCCAAGUUCAUCCUGGGCAAGUUCUUUGCGCUGGCGGCCACCAACAAAAAGGCCUUUGUGGAGCUGCUCUUCUGGAAGAACCCGACGGCCGUCUACGAGAUGACCAAGGGCUACAGCUCCCUGCAGGAGGGAGAGGGGGCUCCCAGGAGC